AUGUCUCUAAACGAGGUGGUCAGUGCUAUGAUUGAGCAUAACGAGAAGGUUAAAGACCCACUCAUGGGUAAGCUCAUAAAUGCUCUUUCUAUUGUAGAAGCUGUUGAUUGGUCAUAUAUGGUAUACCCGAAUCACCGCCUGACGUGCCACCCUCCAGCAAACAGAAGGAGUUGGAAUCGAAGGUUUACCGCAUGGGUAAGCCGGGGGUCACACCCACGCCUAACUAAAGUGGUUCUUCCAUCCAAGAGCCACUGGCUCACUGCUCUCAGGAAUAGUCAUCGCUUACGAAAUUCAGAUUUAUCGGAUAUAUUUGUUCGCAGGAGCAUGACACCUGCAGAACGUGACCGUGAGAAGAAACUGCGGCAGGAAUGCAAAGCACGUAACGACCAAUUAAAGAGCAGAGUUUGGGUUGUUUAUAGAGGAGAGUUGUGGCGUUCUGAUGAGAUAACUAAAUCACAGGUGACCGUAAGCGCUCAGCCAUCACAGGGAAACGCUCAACCAUUACAACUAUUGCACAACAACGGUCACAAAUUGCUUAUGAAAACUGAGAAACUGAUUCAUGCACAUCGUCUACUGGUCAAAUAUUCACAGGCAAUAUUCUACAAACACACCUGA